UUCCAGCGAAGACAGUUCAUGCCGUAGUGGAUGAUGGACGUUUCCAGACACCUGGAGCUCACCCUGCGUCCAGAAGUAGUGUGAGGAAGCUCGAAGAAGCCUCUUGAAUCCUGCAGGAAGAGUUUCCGGAGCGUAAGGAGCAAGUUGAGAGAGAGAGAGAGAGAGAGAGAGAGAGAGAGAGAGAGAGAGAGAGAGAGAGAGAGAGAGAGAGAGAGAGAGAGAGAGAGAGAGAGAGAGAGAGAGAGAGAGAGAGAGAGAGCGAGCGUACUUCACCUAGGUAUAGGGAUGUGGGUGAGGAGAAAAUAUUCCCUCACAUGACAUCUCUGGUGUCAUAUACCCGCCCUUAUUGGUGGUGAAGACAUUGUGAAGUAGUCAUUUUUGUCUAAUUUCACAUCAAUAAAAUUUUUUAGUACAUCAUUGAAUUUAGUUAUCAAAGAUGAAUUAAGAAUGCCAUUUGACUCCCCUUAGUCAUGGCAAGACUAGCAGACCUGGUUCUUUUUAUGGGGCGACUCCAAUAUGACAUUUCCUGCGUCACAACGUCGGUAGGAGACUGGAGUACAUACCUCAAGUGAGCCAUGUACCGUGGAACAAACACCAUGAACGCGACGCUGUUCCUGGAUUACGACGGAGGCGACUCCUUCCCCCUGAACUGCUCGUACCUGAACGUGAGCGACUCGGAGGCGGCGCAGAACUGCUCGCUGGGGGUGUUCUCCGGCGAGGUCUCCCCCAUCCACAUGGUGGCCAACAUCGUCAUGCAGACGUGCUACGCCGUGGCCUUCCUGGUGGGGCUGUGCGGCAACACCCUCGUCAUCUACGUCGUCACCAGGUUCUCCAAGAUGCAGACGGUCACCAACCUCUACAUCGUCAACCUGGCCAUCGCCGACGAGCUCUUCGUGGUUGGGAUCCCGUUCCUGAUGAUCACGUCGGUGCUGGGCUACUGGGCCUUCGGCACCUUCAUGUGCAAGCUGUACAUGAUCACGACGUCGCUCAACCAGUUCACCAGCUCGCUCUUCCUGACCAUCAUGAGCGCCGACCGGUACAUCGCCGUCUGCCACCCCAUCAGUUCCCCCAAGUUCCGGACGCCCAUGAUCUCCAAGCUGGUGUCCCUGACGGCCUGGACCACCUCGGCCCUCAUGAUCGUCCCGGUCUUCAUGUACUCCAACACCCUCGAGUACAACGACCUCGUCAACUGCAACAUAUUCUGGCCCGACAGUUUCGGCAUCAGCGGCCAGUUCGUCUUCACGCUCUACUCCUUCGUCCUGGCCUUCGGGAUCCCCCUCGUCCUCAUCUUCAUCUUCUACGCGCUGGUGCUGCAGAAACUCAAGUCCGUGGGACCCAAGACCCGGUCCAAAGAGAAGAAGAAGAGCCACAGGAAGGUGACGAAGAUGGUGCUGACGGUGAUCUCCGUGUACGUCAUGUGCUGGCUGCCGUACUGGGUGCUGCAGCUGGCGCUCAUCUUCAGUCCCCCGGGCGAGGGCCAGAGUCCCUUCAUGGUCAUCCUCUUCCUCAUCUCCUCCUGCCUCUCCUACAUCAACUCCGCCAUCAACCCCAUCCUCUACGCCUUCCUCAGCGAGAACUUCAAGAAGAGCUUCAUGAAGGCGUGCAUCUGCGCCACCAGGAAGGACGCUAACAGCUCCCUGGCGGUCGAGAACUCGGUCUUCCCGCGCCGUCGAGGGCCGAAGAGCACCAAAGCUCGUGAAAUGGAGUCGAACGACGUGUUUACGACGCAGUGCACGAGGGAGGAGUCUACCACCGCCAUGACCAUGACCACCAGGUCCACCGCCAGCCAGGUGCCUAAGGAAAACGGAGCGGAGAUUCCCACCUCUCAGUUCUGAAGACAUCGAUGACUCCACAGCUGCAGCCACUGUAGCAGACGUCUCUCCCGCCUCAUCAGGCGGGGUCCAGGAGCUGUGCAACGGUAUGCAGCGCCUUCAUCUACGCUGGUUCCUCUGAGCUUGGACUCAUCUUCUCUGGAAAGGUGAUAGAUGAUUCAAGAUUAUCUAUGAUCUAAUAAAUGCCAAAGGGAAGUCUAAGAAGCUCCGUUUCUGUCUCUCUCAACAUGAAAAAGAGUCAGUGGAGUUCUGAAUUUUUAUUUUUUAAAGGAUGUCGGUAUUCGCCUCCUACGGAAAGUGAAAAGUGGAGUCCACAUGUAAAGGAUUUAGGAAAAUGCCAAAUGACACAUUGAAUCUUCUUUUAUAAUAUAUCAGCUUUUACUGAAUCUCCAAUGGAAUUCAGAAUUGGGCUGGCUGCGUCUGAGCGGAUUGGUCUAGCUUUCAAGACGGUCUGGACUCCUUGAUUUGCGUUGUGACGUCUGGAAAGCAAUGUAUUACAUGCGUCAACGUCUAGGACACCUGUCUGGAAUUCUGAAUCUGACUCUUCUGUAUAUUUGGAAGUUCUAGCGCCUGAUUAGAAUUUAUUUUGUAGGGACGAGUCGAGCAUUAGCAAAAAUUUCAGACAUAAUUUGGUACUCUAGACAACGCUUUCACUUCCAUAUAUCUUUGUGACCUUAAGAUAUAAGAUCAUGUUUCGUGUUAUACCACUACAUGCAGAAAUCACCAGCUUACUGCCUCAUCCUAGCACAGAGUUUCAGCCAUCGUGCUGCACCCUUAGAGUCUUCCAGGUCUGAGGCCAGAUCCAGGGAACAUUCCAGGAGUUUCCACGAACUCUAGCGACUGGCGAACGAUUCCAUGACUUCCUAUAGACCUACGUGGGGAGGUUAGUGUUUCCCUGGAUUCCCACAGUGCUACCGAGGCUCGCUAAGGGCCCACGGGUCUCCCACAAUACUAUAAAGGCACAUUUGGGGCCCACGGGUCUCCCACAAUACUAUAAAGGCACAUUUGGGGCCCCACGGGUCUCCCACAAUACUACAGAGGCUCGCUCUGGCCCACGGGUCUUGCAACACCUCAACCAAAGAGUACAGAAAAUAUCGGUAAACAAACUACUGAGGGAAGCAUUCUGUAUUUAAUUAACCGUUUCAGUUUCUAUGUCUCUCAUGCUGACUUUCACAAUCUGUGGCCGGCCCUGUGUCACAGUCUGUGGCCGGCCCUGUGUCACAGUCUGUGGCCGGCCCUGUGUCACAGUCUGUGGCCGGCCCUGUGUCACAGUCUGUGGCCGGCCCUGUGUCACAGUCUCUGGCCGUCUGUAUCUGUCACUGUCUGUGGCCGGCUGGCUGUGCCUCUCCAAUCUUCUCUGUGCCUCCAGCCAGCGGUAAAUCUCCGAGGCUCUUACUGAAGGCCGAAUGAAAGACUAUAAUUAAUUAAGAGUAAAGUCCAGCCCGUCAACGUGGCCGCCAGGGAGGACAUUGAUCGUGGCGGCCGCUCACUGGACACUACCGUCACCCCUUCAGCCAAUAGCAUCUCUCUACUAAGAUUCGCGGACGCUUCUUAUUGGUGGAUGAGGACGACUGUAUUUUUCAGUGUUGCUGAAGUGUUUUAAAUGUUAUAUAUAUAUUAUAUAUAUA